AUGGCCACGAAACUCCAGCAAUUAAGACAAAUGAUCUCCGGUGUACCCAGAGUGGUCCAACCAAUACUAGAAGCAUCUCCUACAAGCCACAGGAUCUUGAGAUUUGCUCCCGUGAUAGCCGGUAUCGAAGUCCCUAAGUGCUUCAAAACUCCUAGCAUGAAGCUAUAUGAUGGAACCAAAGAUCCUGAAGAGCAUAUAACCCAAUACAGAGAAAGGAUGGAGAUCAUUCCCAUCCUAGGGCACUUGAAGGAAGCUUGCCUAUGCAAAGGCUUUGGUUCGACCCUUACAGGAUCAGCCCUCAAAUGGCUGCUAACCAGAAUCAUCGAGAAGAUCACUAGUGAUCUUUACCGGGUGGUUCAAUAUCCUAAGGAAAAACUUAUGGACUUUGUUAACAGGUUUGGCAGGGAGGCUCUGAGCAUCCCCAAGAUCAACAUGGCCACCGCUGUAGAAGCCUUUAAAAUGGGACUAAGAAAGGAUUCACCCUUCUAUGAAGACCUUGUGAUGACCCCAUGCAAAAGAUUGGAUGAAGUCAGGUGUCGAGCGUUGAGGUUCAUAAGGUUUGAAGAGGAUAGAGAGAUCCAAAAAAGAAGCAACCCUUCGGAUCAAUAUGAGAACCCCAACAGGAAGCCCGAAUCCUCGACUCAAAGAUCCUAUAAAUCGAAGCCCUAUUCCAAACCGGUUCAUCACAGGGUUAAUGCCCUUAAAGAUGGAGGAGAAGAGGAAGAGCUUCCUAAAAUCACUGACUAUUGUUUUUCUGUGGAUGUUUCAGGUGUAAUUCAUGUUAUGCAAGAUCUUGGAGAUAAAGCAAGAUGGCCAAAGAGAGACAGCAAGUCCACUACUUGGAAAGACAAGUCUAAAUGGUGUGCCUACCAUGAAGACUUUUGCCACAUGACGGAGGACUGCAUAUCCCUACGAAAAGAAAUCAACUACCUCCUUAGUAAAGGACACCUCAAAGAGAUCCUCAUGAGAAAAAGAGAAACAUCCAAGGAGAACAGCCAGGAUGAUCACAAGAUCCGAAAGAAACCAGGAUCUCCACCCUCUGACGCUAGGACAAUUAAUGUUAUCUUAGGCAGAUCUAAUAUCUGUGGUCCCUCUUAUUUUCAGGCUAAAAGACACACCAAGGUCUCUAAAACCAAAAAGGAGGACAUACCACAAAAGAAUACCAUGAUUAGCAUCAUCACCAUGACGGACUCGUGA